AUGACAGAUUAUAUCAAACAGGUGACUGUAACAGGCGAUGUCUCUACAAUGGGACUAAUGAGUGCCGAAUUGGACUCGUGGAUUGACGAGGUCGCCAAAGAGAUCUGGGAACAAAAGCCGGAAAUUGGAGUGGUUCAUGUCCAAGGUCUUCUUUCGUCACCGGAAGCCCGUGAUUUAUCAGACCAUAUUGCAAAUGGAAUAGCUUCCAACUCACAGAUUCGCGGGCAUUUUCAAGCGAUUCGUGGCUUCUUUGAUGUGAAAAAUACGGGUCUUGGUUCUUUAUAUUUCUUCAAAAAUGCUGAUGAUGUUCGUUUCUAUGACCGUUUCAGCAACAGUGGAUAUCGUUCGGUGGAGAGGGGGGAACAGAUCGCAAUCGGUCCAUCGGAAUGCGAUGGUUUCAUCUCGUCGACUUUCGAGCAGACUUUCAAUUUCAGCACCGCAUUUUAUGGAAAUGAUGGAAAUCGAGACAUUUCGAAUCAAAGAACCGGAUUCCUACUCACUCGUUUCAGAAUUUACGGAAAAGAAAUUACAUUUGUCAACCUUUCUCUUCACUCCGUUCCGUUCGAAGAUGUGAAUGAAAUUGUUGAACAGCCACAAGUGACAAGAGCAGCUGGGCAACGACAAAAAGAAAUCGAUAUGUUGAUGAAUGAAUUGGAUUCCGAAGGUCUUAAAGAUGAUGCGAUUAUUGUUGCUGGUGCUUUUAACUCACAAUUACACGAGACAGCGAUGCUCGGGGAUUUGGCCUCAACACAAAGAGCAUCAACAUUCGCCCGAACGAGAGAUGAUGGACGAUUGGAGGCGAUCGAACAACGAGAUCGACAUGGACGGAGCACGGUCACCGUUGAAGAACAUCGCUUUGAUUUACAUUCAAUUCAUGAUUGGUUUUUCAAAUUGGGAAGAGGGCAAAUGGUAAAAAAGUACAAUGGUGAAUUGGCACAAGUCGUUUUUGGGGGCAAAUUGCAUGAGGAAAGCGUUUUCUUUCAGCCAUCUCGUCACUACGGAAUGAAUCCAAAAACAGGGAAAGAGGAAUUCCUUCGACAUCUUUGUCCUUCAUGGGCUGAUCGAGUUUUGUACAAUUCGGUGAUGAGCGAUCUCUUCAGACACGAUUCAUUUUGUGCCUCCGGCUUGUACUAUGGUAUUGUGGGCGAAAAGAGGAAUAUCGGUGAACAUAAACCCGUGUCACUUCAUGCGACUAUUUGUCUGAAA